CGAGGAGGAGGACACACACCGGACAGUUCGCUCAACCCAGUCUCCGGUAGUCUUAGUCCGUCCCGUGCCACAUUCUGCUGAGGCCACGCGCCCCAACCGACAACCGAUCAUGUCCACCGGGUCGCUUAGCGACUUCGACGACGAGGUCCUGGACGGCAUCCUGAAGUUCGGCUCUUCCGGUAAAGACUCCGGUACAUCGAACGAGAGCACAGAGGAGAGCUCGAACUGCGAGGGCGGCUCGGCCAACGAUAAAGCUGCCCCGGGAAAGAAACGGAAAACAGCGCCGAACAGCGUGGCCCACGAGGGGUGCGGUAAACCUGUGCAGAGGAACGCAGCCAACGCACGAGAGCGAGCGAGGAUGCGCGUGUUGUCAAAAGCGUUCUCCCGGUUGAAGAUGACAUUACCGUGGGUCCCACCGGACACCAAGCUCUCCAAACUGGACACGCUGCGCCUUGCCUCGAGCUACAUCGCCCAUCUACGGCAGAUCCUUGCCAACGACAAAUACGAGAACGGUUAUAACCACCCCGUUAACCUGGUGAGAAACACACCUCAGCAUUUCAAAUACAUUUUUUACAGUCCUUUUUACAUCAGCAGUUGUCACAAAUUGCUUUUCCUGAGACCCGGCCUACUCCAAAGAGCAAGCAAAGCAUGCACAAAUGUAGCACAGUGGCUAGAGGAAAAAAAAAAACCUGAGCCUUAGAAUAGAAGAAAACACUUUACCGUAGCUUGAUAAUCCUACAAUUAAAAAUGAUUCAAGUUCUCGCCAUGAAUCAAACACGUGACAUGAGUUUCUAGGGAGAGUGUUUCUGACGGUCACUUUACGGCUGAUUGGAGAGGUUUGGAUGGGGCUAUUUAUAUAGGUAUGGGUUUACUGAUGGUUCAAAAGGCUACAUACCAUUUGAUUGUUUACUCAAUAUUGUCUGGACAAUAUAAUACACACAAUAAUUGACAAAAAAAAAAAAAUUAAACUAUCAUUUCACAACAGGGCCUAUACAAACUGAAACAACUGGUGUAUUUUAGAGAGUUCCAUGUUAUUUAGCACCUGGCCUGUCAAGUUUAGCCUAUUCAGUUUAUAUUCAGUUUAGCCUAUUUCAGUUUAGCCUAUUCAAUUUGGCCUAUUUCAGUUUAGCCUAUUUAAUUUGGCCUAUUUCAGUUCAGCCUAUUUCAAUUCGGCCUAAUUCAGUUUAGCCUAAUUCAGUUUAGCCUACUUCAUUAGGCCUAUUUCAGUUUAGCCUAUUUAAUUUAGCCUAUUCAGUUUAGCUUAUUCCCAUUUUGCAGGAAGUUCAGGUGAUGUAAAGUAAAAUAUAGGCUAUGCAUUUUAUUUAGAUAUUCAGGUAUGAUGAUGAUGUUUAGAAACAGUAUGCUGCUUGACAGUUGUCUAUUAAAAAGUGGUAGCCCCAGUAUUUAGCCUUUAACACCUCCGAUUAAAACUCCCCUCGUGUUCCAUUUCUAUUAAAGUUGUCUUUAAAAUGUUCCUAAUGUUAAGUCAUUUUGUUGUUAUACUAUCAUCGAUUUCAUCCUUAAAUAUAUUUAAAAAAGAUCAUAUAUAUAUAUAUAUAUAUAUAUAUAUACAUAUACAUAUACACACAUAUAUACACAUAUAUACAUACUGGACCUUUAUAUAAUAUUACUUAUGUUAUAAUAGUAUUGUUUAGUGUUUCCAUAGAUAUGCUUUGUUAACCCAAUAGUAUUGUUCUAUUGCGCGGUGAGCGAUGUAAAGUAUGAUUUCCUGUUCCUCUCUCUCUCUUCAGACGUGGCCCUUCAUGGUCGCCGGUAAACCGGAGAACGAUUUGAAAGAGCUGUUCAACACCACCCGGUUGUGUGGAACAACUGCCUCGUGAUGGAACGGAUGGACAUGAUAUGUCAAUUAACGUUUUCGUUACCGGGAACGGACUUUUCCCAGAUGGACCAGACAUGCAUGUCAUAUCUCCUAAACCAAAUAUUGAGUGAAAAUAACCGGGAGAGUGCGCAAUCUCUUGCGGCUUCACCUUACAGAGAAACGGAUUUUAUACGCCUAUUUAAAAUUGUUCACAUAUUGUCUUUGCUGGUUCGAGGACAGGUUGUGCUAAAGUUUUGUAUUCGGUUUUAUACUUUUAAAAUUAAUUGUUUAAAAAAUGUCAUACAAGUGUAUAUAUAUAUAAUAAAACAAUGACAGGUGAAGUUGUCAGUCGCCGCACAUGAAAAUGUGUCCGUUAUUGUAAUCGCCUGAUUGUAUUUAGGACUAAAUAAAAAUGUUGUAUUCAUUUUAUCGUAUAAAUUCUCUCACUCAAUGUGUGUUGGACUACUAAGAAUACGAAAUUAUACAGGAUACAUUUUGUUGUUAUUGUUGGCUAUAGGGUUUUCUCCAUCUGAUAACUACUAACCCGUAGUUAUCGCGACCUUUCUCUCAAAUGAAGAAGCAAAACUGCAGGAGCAACAAAGAGCAGAGGAGAGAAUAUUUAAGGUGCGGGGCUAGAGGGAAACUAUUCCGGGUUUCUUUUUAUCUCCAAAAGUAAACAAUUGAUACUUUCUCGAUAUGCUUGACAUUAGAUCAACAAACUGCUAUCAAUUCGAAUAAAGGAUCAUUUGGUAACGAAA